UAAAAUCCUCUGCGUUUGCUCUCGUUUCUUGUAACGUAGUUGUAAAUUUUGAUGCUCAGUGAGACUUGCAGUGUUGCGGCGUUGCAAAUAAACAUUGAAGAUGCAGUGCUGUGUGCCCUUUUGCAGGAACACCACGGACAAUGUGUCCACAUCAGAGGGGAAAGCCGAGUUUACCUUUUUUAGGUUCCCCGUUGAAGUGUCACGCCGUGCCGCUUGGCUCAAAGCCCUCGGCAAACGAGACACUCAAGUGCCGAUAUCUGCUAUGGUCUGCUCAGAGCACUUUCUAGAUGAUGAAAUGCAUGAAACAGAGGGCGGCCUAAGGCUGAUUUAUACCAGUGCUAUUCCAUCGACAGUGCAGGUUUGCAUGAUAUGCCUAGAUACCGACGUAAAGCUGUUACUUAUAAGUAAACACAAUUUGGAAGAAGCUUAUAUCCAGUUAACGGGAUUUCCUAUGUAUGAUGCACGUAACCUGAAGAAAACAGUCUGCGUACUAUGUGCUCAGAAAUUAGGAAACUUCAGAAGUUUUGGAUUCAAGUGCUUACUAGCCCGUACGUUGAUGAUGACCUUAGCUGAAAAAAAUAAAUUGAUUACAAAACAGCAUAUAACACGUAUAAGACACCUACAAGUAAAAAAAUUUGUGCGAACUACUCCAAAACCUGACCACUGCGACUUACAUAUUGUUGAACCUGAUGUAAACGAAGUGAUAAUUACAGGGGAAACGGUUAAUGAAGAUGAUGACGUAGUCAUAGUGGAAAAUGAGAAGAAUUAUGACACUGUGGCAAAUGAUGAUUGUGACAUGUCUAUUACGUUUAGUGAACUUAUUGCAGAUCACGACCACCUGAAUAAUGAUUUUCACACAGCCCUAGAAGCCCGGAAGUAUCGAGCGGCUUCUAGCUCUGUGCGUUCAGAAGACACGGGAAUGCACGAUUGUUUAAAUCACGAGAUGGGCCGUGACAACUACAGUAGUGAUGACGAUUCGAGCAUGGAUCAGAACAGUGAAUAUGAUGCUGAAUUUCUUGUAAACAAAAACGGCAGCGUGCCUGACAUCAUCGAGGAGUACAAGCGAGAAAUUCAGAGUCGGAUACCGGGAUUCUCAACGGGCUGUACAUACAGUGCUGAAAUCGCCCCAACCGACAUCAUAACAACCCAACAAGCCCAAACAACCCAAAGUGGCGGGGCAACCCAACAAUCUGUAACAACCCAAAAUGCGGUAACAAACCAACAAGCCGUAACAACCCAAAAUGCGUUAAAACCCCAAGAAGCACAAACAACCCGACAAGCCGUAAGAACCCGACAAGCCGUAAUAACCCGACAUGCCUUAAGAACCCGACAAGCCAUAACUACCCAAAAUGCAGUAACAAACCAACAAGCCGUAACAACCCAACAAGCCGUAUCAACUCAAAAUGCGGUAACAAACCAACAAGCCGAAACAACCCAACAUGCCGUAACAACUCAAAAUGCGGUAACAAACCAACAAGCCGUAACAACCCAAAAUGCUGUAACAAACCAACAAGCCGUAACAACCCAAAAUGCUGUAACAAACCAGCAAGCCGUAACAACCCAAAAUGCGGUAAAAACCCAAGAAGCCCAAACCACUCAAAAUGCGGUAACAAACCAACAAGCCGAAACAACCCAACAUGCCGUAACAACUCAAAAUGCGGUAAUAAACCAACAAGCCGUAACAACCCAAAAUGCUGUAACAAACCAACAAGCCGUAACAACCCAAAAUGCUGUAACAAACCAGCAAGCCGUAACAACCCAAAAUGAGGUAAAAACCCAAGAAGCCCAAACCACUCAAAAUGCGGUAACAAACCAACAAGCCGUAACAACCCAACAAGCCGUAUCAACUCAAAAUGCGGUAACAAACCAACAAGCCGAAACAACCCAACAUGCCGUAACAACUCAAAAUGCGGUAACAAACCAACAAGCCGUAACAACCCAAAAUGCGGUAACAAACCAACAAGCCAAAACUACCCGACAAGCCGUAAGAACCCAACAAGACGGAGCGAUCCAGCGACCCGUAAAAACCCAACAAGACGGAGAAAUCCAAGUAUCUGUAACAGCCCAAAAAGCCGUAAAAAUUCAAAAUGCGGUAACAAACCAACAAGCCGUAACAACCCAACAUGCCGUAACAACUCAAAAUGCGGUAACAAACCAACAAGGCGUAACAACCCAAAAUGCGGUUACAACCCAACAAGCCGUAACAACCCAAAAUGCGGUAAAAACCCAAGAAGCCCAAACAACCCAACAAGCCUUAAGAACCCAACAAGCCAUAACAACUCUAAAUGCGGUAACAAGCCAACAAGCCCAAACAACCCAACUAGCCGUAAGAACCCAACAAGACGGAGCAAUCCAACGACCCGUAAAAACCCAACAAGACGGAGAAAUCCAAGUAUCUGUAACAGCCCAACAAACCGUAACAACUCAAAAUGCGGUAACAAACCAACAAGCCGUAACAACCCAACAUGCCGUAACAACUCAAAAUGUGGUAACAAAUCAUCAAGCCGUAACAACCCAACAUGCAGUAACAACCCAAAAUGCGGUAACAAACCAACAAGCCGUAACAACCCAAAAUGCGGUAACAAACCAACAAGCCGUAACAACCCAAAAUGCGGUGAAAACCCAAGUAGCCCAAACAACCCAACAAGCCGUAACAACCCAAAAUGCGGUAAAAACCCAAGAAGCCCAAACCACCCAACAAGCCGUAACAACCCAAAAUGCGGUAAAAACCCAAGAAGCCCAAACAACCCAACAAGCCGUAAGAACCCAACAAGCCAUAACAACUGAAAAUGCGGUAACAACCCGACGAGCCGUAAGAACCCAACAAGACGGAGCAAUCCAACGACCCGUAAAAACCCAACAAGACGGAGGAAUCCAAGUAUCUGUAACAGCCCAUCAUCAACCAACAAGAACCCAACAAGUCAUAACUUUAACCAUAACCCAAAAUGUGGUAGCAACCCAAGAAGCCCGAACAAUCCGAAUCGCCGGAACAAACCAACAAGCCGCAAGAACCCAACAAGCCGCAAGGACCCAAAAAGCCGCAAGAACCCAAAAAGCCGUAACAACCCAACGAGCCGUAACAACCCAACGAGCCGUAACAACCCAACGAGCCGUAACAACCCAACGAGCCGUAGCAACCCAACAAGCCGUAAAAACCCAACAAGCCGUAACAACUCAACAAGCUGUAACAACCCAACAAGCUGUAAGAACCCAGCAAGCUGUAAGAACCCAGCAAGCUGUAAAAACCAAGCAAACAACUAUCGCCAGAAAACCUGAUACAACCCGGAAGAUCAGCGGACUCCACCAAUCAUGUGAUACCAACAAAAAACCCAAACACGACAUGUACAGGAUAACAGCUUGUGCGGUCAAGUUGUAUGAUGUAUUUGGGCCAAAUCCAUCGGCAAGAAAGAGACAAGCUAUACCGAUUCGUGACAGUCAGAAGGCAGCCAUCUCUACCACACCAGCCUCUACGACCGAGAAUAGUAUGGAAGCGGGCACGCAAUCGUCUGCUAGGCGAGGCAAUGGCGAGGACAAGUUUUGUCGUUCAAAAAAUGCCCCGACGCGAGAUGUUCCGCAGGCAAAAAAAAGAAAAACUGCACAGUUUUGUAUCGACCAGAAUAAUGAUACUUCAUCUGAAAAGCAUCAGUUAGCGAGUAGGAAUGAAAUCGUCUCCAUACCUAGUAGGCCGAAUACAUCAACAACUAAGUAUUUCAAUAGUGGCAUUAAAUCAGAAUUAAAUAGUUCAACAGAGAAUCCUUUAAAUAUUAAGAAAGAAACAUUCACUAGCGCCGAUCGUUGUAAUACGUUAAACAGAAGAAAUCCCGUAGUAACACAUAUAAAGACUCGAACGCAUACUAACACUAAAGGAACCAAGAUGUUCAAUUGCAAGGAUUGCCAGUUUAAAACUAAACACAAGAAUUAUUUAAAAGUGCACAUGAGAACUCAUACUGUGGAAAAGCUGUACUCUUGUAAGUUAUGCAGGUGUUAUAAUAUUAGUAAAAGCCAAUUGGUGGAACACAUGAAAAUGCACACUGGUGAAAAGCCGUAUUCUUGUGAUUUAUGCAAAUAUAAAAGUGUUUCUAAUAGUCAUUUGGUGAUUCACAUGAGAACCCACACUGGUGAAAAGCCGUUUUCUUGUGAGUUAUGCAAUUAUAAAAAUGCUACGAAUAGUGGCUUAAAGAAACACAUGAGAACGCAUACUGGCGAAAAGCCGAUUUCUUGUGAGUUAUGCAAUUAUAAAAGUAGUUAUAAAAAUCAGUUGGUGAUUCACAUGAGAACGCACACUGGUGAAAAACCGUAUUCUUGUGAUUUAUGCAAAUAUAAAAGUGUUUCUAAAGGUCUGUUGGUGAUACACAUGACAACGCACACUGGUAAAAAGUCGUUUUCUUGUGAGUUUUGCAAUUAUAAAAAUGCUACGAAUAGUGGCUUAAUGAGACACAAGAGAACUCACACUGGUGAAAAGCCUUUUUCAUGUCAUUUAUGCAAAUUUAAAGGUGUUUCUAAAUUCUACUUGGCGAUUCACAUGAGAACGCACACUGGUGAAAAACCGUAUUCUUGUGAUUUAUGCCAAUUUCAAAGUGCUUGUAAAAGUCGGUUAGCAGAACACAUGAUAACUCACAUCGGUAAAAAGCGUCACAGUUGCAAGUUAUGCAAAUAUAAAAGUUUUUGGAGAAGGGAUUUAGUGAAACACAUGCGAAAGCACACUGGUGAAAAGCCUUUUUGUUGCAAGUUUUGCAAACAUAAAAGUGUUUCGAGCAGUGACUUAGUGAAACACACGAGAACGCACACCGGUGAAAAGCCUUAUACUUGUAAGUUAUGCGAUCGAAAAUUUUCACUGAAUUGUGUCCUAGCGAAGCACAUGAAAACACAUACUAACAAGUUGUGCAAUUUUAAAAGUUUAACGAAUAGUGGCUAAUUAAGACGACACGUGGCACUGGUGAAAAGCCAUAUUCAGUCACGGAAAUAUUUCUUUGCUUGUUAAAGCCAGAUAUUGGUACUCAUGAGAACGCACCUUUGUGAAAAAUUGCACACUCCUUAAUUAUGAAAAUAUAAAAGUAUUAAGAAUAGUGGCUUAGUGAAAGCAACAGAAAGCACACUGGCCUUAUUCUUGUAAGUUGUGCGAAUAGAACUUUAUCUAAAAGUCCGUCCGUAUAACCCACACUGCUGGAGUGCCAUGUACGUAUAAGUGCUUUCUGAUUCCAAGGCUGUGGAUUCGAUUUCCACAACUGGAAAAUGUUUUUCA